GAGAUGGACGCGGCCCCGAACUGUGCCAUUUGUAAUGCGCCCGCCUAUCCAGAAUGUCCCUGCGAGUCGGAGCGCUUGCAGAUUGCGGUCAAGCAGGCCGAGCAGCGGGCGAUGGAGGAGAAGCUGGCGGAGAUACGCGACUGGGUGAUUUCGCAUGCGCGGCAGCACAUCCUCAACGCCUUCGAACGCCUAACAUCGACGCGCAAGCAAGCGCAUUCCGCCUACCUCGCAUCCCUCCCUAAUUACAGCAUCUACAUGCAAUACUCGGGCCAUCCGCCCAUACACCCGGCGUACAUCGACCAGCUUCAGCGGCAGAUCGCAGAAGCGCACGCCGAGCUGAAGCGGGGAAUCGACGCCGACUGGCGCGCAUCCGUGUUGCGCUACCCGGAAGUCCUGGACUACUUUUACAGCCUAGUGGAGCUGCGGCUGCCGAGCGAAAGGUCGCCCAGAGUAAUAGAGCCGCCAUUCGCUGCUGCGGGGUACGCGGAUAGGGGAUACAUGGACCAUUCGAGGCUGGGGAAGGAGAAGAAGAAGAAGAGGCGAGAGGCAUCCGCUGCACCACCAGAACGGGGACGGCAUAGGGAAGAGCCAAUGCAUGCCGUUGUAGGGCGAGUGAUGAGAGGGCCGCCGCCAGUGCCAACCCCGCCUAUUGGUGGUGGGUAUCCUCGUCCGCCGGGGAUGUAUCCUUUUUGA